AUGACCCGCUAUCCUAUCAUGGGGCUGCGGAGCGCGCGCGUGGCGCUGCUGUGCGCGGUGGUGGUUGUGGUGAGCCUCGGCGGGCUGGGCGGGGGGAAGCUGGGCGCGGAGGCGAUCGCCAGCAGAGACCUGACGAAGCCGUUCCAAUGCGACAAGAACAGCAACUACGGCUUGUGGUACACGUACGCGUGCGUGUGCCUGGGCGUGAGCGAUCUCGAGUCGGGCUACUACUGGUCAGCGGCCACCGACAUGGCGUUGGGCAUGACGUGCCCGGGCCCCAACGAGGCGGCCUUGGGGCGCAUGGCGUUCGGCAACAAGUGGCUGGAAUCUGUGGGGUACAACCACUGGAUCGACGAGCUCAUGCGCUGCGCGCGGCAGCCGUGGCGGCCAGACGCUAUGCUGCGGCGCUGCGCCAUCCCGAACAUCAUCAGCCGCAGCAAGGAGCUGUUCGUGGGCAACGGGUACCUGCCGCCCGACGGCAAGGUCAACGGCCGCCCCUGGAACUGGAACCCCGAGCCGCCCUACCACGGCGACAACUGGCGGUCGUGGGCGUUCGAGAAACAGAAGCCCGUCUACUAG